AUGGCAAUGUGGGUCUCUCGCCUCGCUAGCGGAAGCGAUAACGGUAGCGGCUCGACAGACGAGGAACUGGGCGUUGGCGCGGCGUUCCUUGUCGAUGGCAUCGUUUACGCGCUCGUGGGAGGUGCGGCGGGCGUCCAGUUUGUGCGCAACUGUUGCCGCUAUCGCCCCUGGACCGUUCAGAAGAUAAUUCAUCUGCUCAUGUUCUUCGCAACGCUCGUACGCUCAAUUUUCCUGGCGUUGGUGGGCUCCGAUUGGUGCGGCGUGCUGAGUGGAAAGGUCAACGUAUCCAAGUGCUCUACUGGCGAGCGAGACCUGUUCUACAUUUUGGAUCAAGUGCCAAUUAUGGCAUUCUUCGCGAUCUAUGCACUGUUAGUGCAAUUCUGGGCGGAGGUGUACUACAACGCGGUGGAUAAGCUAUCGACGCUGACGGAUGUGGUAAAGCCUGCGAUCCGAUGGUUCAUCGUGAUUGUGUUGCUCAUUCAAGGACUAUUCUGGGUGUUCUAUGCUUCCGUGUGGCGUCACGAGCGUGCAUUCUUUACCCGAUCACAAGCAAUCUUGAAUAUGGAGCUCUUCCUUAUUAUCGCCACCGGCUUUAUCUACUUUGGACGGAAGGCCUACAUUGAACUGCGAUCGGUGCCGGUGGAGCUUGGAAUUCGAACAAGAAAGCUCAAGGAGCUUUCGCUUAUGACAUCCGUCGGCACGUCCUGCUUCAUGGCUCGCUGUGGGCUGCAAAUCUACUUGUCCACGGAAAAGAAGCAGCUGCACGAUCAGAGUACGUGGCUUGUAGUCGUCGUGUACUACGCUCUCUUGGAGAUUGUGCCGGCGCUGUCCGUGUUAUACUUUAACCGCCGACUUCCUCCUCGCCGAAGACCUGGUGGUCUCUCGGCAACGUCAAGUCCCAUUCGAGGGGGCAGACUUUUCUUUGGCAAAGGUAUGGGCGCUGAGAGUGCAUCCGACGGAGGAGAUCCGUUGAGAAAAAGUUUGCUUCGAGGUCACGGCACAAUAUUCGUCGACAAGGGCAAGUGCUACUAG